UCCCCUCUACUCCUCCUUCUCCGCCCGCUCAGCCAUGGAGCCCGGGAAGAGGAUCACUGUGGGCUCCGGAGGCCUGUGCUUAUGUCUGGCCUUUUUUGUCUGCCUUCCAUGCCGCGGCCUCCUCUAUUCCAUCCCCCUGCAGCGUCCAGAGGACUGCUCGCCUCAGGAGUACUACGAGCCGGGGAACUUGUCCUGUGUAUCGUGCCCGGACACACACAGGCCCAGCCGGGAGGGUCUAUCCUGUGAAUGUCUUCCUGGAUACAAACUUAGUUCCAAGACCGAUCCAUUCAUCAGCUGUCAGAAAUGCCCUGAAAAAAUGAAAGGUGUAACCACUGAUGGCUGGGAUUGCAUUAAAUGCCCUGGUGGGUUAACUGCAAGUGGCACGUGCCAGUGUUCUCCGGGGAGUAUACUGGUUGAAAGGUAUGUGAAUGGCACAUUACUUCAUGAAGCUGAAUGCAUUGACUGUGAUGGGUCCGAGUCGUCAUUUACAGCUCCUGACAAGCUAGGACUAAGGUGUGAAAGAUGCCAUCAGACAGUUAUCAGUCGGACAAACUCAUGCAGCUGCUACCAGCCAAAUACCUUGGCUGGAGGUAUAUGUUUCAAUGCAGCAGGCCAUAUCCUGUCCAGAGUUAUUUCGACCAUCCGUUAUGCACAACUGGUAAGCCUGUUAUCAUCAGAAUGGCUUUCCAUUCAUUUGCAGGCAGCAGCUGCAGCUUGUUCGCUGUACUCCAACCAUACAGCAUGCCAGGCUCUGGGGAACAUGUGUGUAAUGAAUAUGAACUCUGUGAGUCUGCAGAGCGCUGAUGCCUGUGGUCUGUUCCGGUACAUAUUCACUAACACAGUUGCACGGGGAGUGGUCCAUUCCAUCUCUUACUGGAGGACCAAUAUUCCUUGGCUCUAUUAUGAUGACCAGCCAGGAUUAGCAGUCCGAGUCCUUACAGCUUUUCCUUUUCCAGAAAACUUCAGCUUUAAGUGGGGUGAGCAGGACACAAAACUGGCAUUUUUAGCAGCUCUGUAUGAUGUGAGGGGGAAGUUCAUUGCAUGGAGGUCACUUCAUGGAGGCUUGCUGCAGCUGUGUUCUGACACCUCUAAGCGGUUGGAUGCUGCAUUUGAUUUUGGAACAACAUAUGAACAAAAUUGUGAGCUGCCUGUGUCCAAGCUCCUCCGUGACUUUCCAGAGCCUGUGUUUUAUGAUGUGUAUCUCUCCUACCGCGGAAGUGACAGCCAGCAGAACAUAUGGCCUGUGCCAAUAUUAAACCUAAACCUUCAGUACAAUGACCAGUUUGUCAAUUUAGGAAACAAUGUUAACAACUGGCUGCUGACCCGUCGAAUAUUCUUGGUUGACACACUAAGUGGACGAGAAAAUACUCUAAACAGCUUACCUCGUGUUAUUCGAAUCGCCUCAAAAAUCGCCUUUAGCAUCAGCUUGGUCCCUGGCACACACAGAGGAACAGUCUACCCCCCUCUCAUGACUGUGGAAUACACAGAUAUACAAGUACAAAAUCCAGAAAGCCAGACUGUGAAGGUUUCUUUUUCUGUUCAGUAUGAAAUGAGUCAGGCUGAAUCCAUCACUCAGACAGAUGUGGCGUUGGGUGUGCUCGGUGGACUGGCUGUGCUGUGGUCCCUUCUCCAAACUGCUGCUUGGAAAAGAAGGAUAGGUAGCCAGGUCAUUGACUUGCAGACUGUGAUUCAGUUCUUGGUUAUAUAUGCUGGAGUUCUGGCCAAUGUAUUUUUCGCUGUGACGGUGGGAACUGGUGUUUACUGGCUUCUUCUGUUCAAAGGUCAGCAAUACGUCUCUGUGCUACUGCCUCUACCCAGUGAUGAAAAAAACUUUAUAACUUAUGUAUCAUGUGCAUUUGUUUUGAAGGCCCUUCAGUUCUUGCACACUCUUAUCUCUCAGCUGACCAUUGAUAUUUUCUUCAUUGACUGGGAGAGACCCAAAAACAAAACCUUAAAAUCUGAAGGUGGUGCGAAGAGUGACCCUGCACCCGUCAGUAUCUGGAGAUCUUACUUCAUAGCAAAUGAGUGGAAUGAAAUUCAGACAGUGCGCAAAAUCAACCCCCUCUUUCAAGUUUUCAUUGUUCUCUUCUUUCUAAAGAUUGUUGGUUUUGAAAACCUGGCAUUACGGGAUUCAUCUUCCAGUCUCUCUAGAGAUUCGCAAGAUUAUAGAGCACCGUGGAGCUGUAUUCUGCGUUAUGGCGUGGCCUCUGCAUUGUGGCUUGGGUUUGGUUGUUUACAGAUUCUGUUUUUCUCUGGAAUUUAUGAAAGAUUUGUGGAAGACAAGAUCCGACAGUUUGUUGAUUUAUGUUCAAUGAGUAAUAUUUCAGUGUUCAUAUUGUCGCACAAGUGCUACGGAUACUAUAUUCACGGCCGCUCAGUCCAUGGGCAUUCUGACACCAACAUGGAGGAGAUGAACAUGAAUUUAAAGAGAGAAGCAGAGAACAUGUGUAGUCAGAGAGGGCUACAACCAAACUCUGAUAUUCAGACUUUUCAGAUGUCUAUUUCUGGCAGAGUCCGAAACCAGUUUGACCGGAUACAUGACAACUUAACAAAGAACCAUGGACCUUCUCGGUUUUUACAGAACUCACCAACCGCAUCUGAACAGAGCACAAAGGCUUACCACACCAUGAAUAAAUUCCUCAGUGCCUUCUUUGACCAUGCCUUUCAAGACAUGGACUACUUUGUGAAAGACAAGCUGCUUCUGGAGCGAGUGCUCAGCAUGGAGUUUAUGGAACCAAUGGACAGGUCUCCUCUCCCCACAGAUGAAAAUCAUUCCUUCAGUGAUGUUCUCUUCUACGGUCAUGAAUCAAUUCUGCUAAUUUUCGAUACUCUGUUUUUCUGCAUUGUUGAUAUCAUGUCACAAAACUUUGUUCUGGCUGCAGUCAUCACUUACUUGCAGCAAGAGGGUUUCCGGCACAUCCGUGGAGCUAUGGGGCAGAAGAAUCUGGCAUCCAAGACUCUAAUAGAUGAAAGAUUUCUGAUAUGAGACUGCAUUUAUUUACUACCUGGUGAUGUGUUUUGACUGUUUUGUAAAUGUUACUUUUUUUAUUUUACU